UUUUUAUUUUACGUCAAUAAUUACGAUACAAACACUUGAAAUUAUUUUUUUGUGUGAAAAUAAUUGUAUUAUACAUCAUCGUACCACGGUUUCUCAAUUUAUUAAUGUUUUGAGUUUUCACCACACGUUUGUGUACACGAUAGAACGUCGUUAUCAACAUUUGUGUGUCCGAUAAACGAUAACGUGAUAAGGUUUAGACGUUUUGAAAACUAACCGGCAUUAAUAAAUGUCCUUAGUUAUUCGCUUAGUUGUAGGUAGUCACACUUUCUUUAAACGUUACUAGACGUCUAUAAUGGUAAUAUUAUUUUCGUUAUUGCUCGACCACCGAGUUUAAUGUAACGAGAAAAAAAAUGAAAACACCUUGUGGAUACUGUGACCUACGCGUCGAGAGUGUCAACGGCGACAUUAUUGAUGCAUUUAUUAAACAUGGGUAUGCUUUGAUUGCUGUAAACACUACAGUGAAUUGUUCAUUACUAAGCAAUGGUAGUUUGAACAAAAAAAAAAGAAAAUUUGCAGAAAGUAAUGAUGAAAAUGACGAAGAAAAAGACUGGGUACCUACACCCAAGUUAAUUAAUGAAAAUGAUUCCAAAUUGACCAUUCUAAAUCGAUUAACAAUACAAAUAUCCAAUGUUGGACAAUUGCAAAAAAUUUUGUGUUCUCAAAAUUUCAAAUUGUAUAAUAUUCUUGCAGUAGAACCACUAAACGAUAAAGUUUUACAGGACAUAGUGACUUCUCCAUCAAUUGAUAUAAUAACUUGUAAUAUGAAAACAUCUAUUACUCCAAAGGACUAUACAAUCGCUGUUGAAAAAAAUAUUUAUUUUGAAAUAUCUUAUGGUCCAAUGUUAUUUAGUUCUAAUACACGUCAAGAUACUUUUACUUUAGCUCAUCUGCUUUAUAUUAAAGGAAAAUCAAAAAACUUAAUAAUUACAAGUGGAGCAGCUAAUAAACUAGACAUACGCAAUCCUCAUGAUGUGAUGAAUUUAGGUAUUUUAUUAGGUCUUUCAAGAAAACAGUCAACACAAUCAAUUACUCAAAGAUGUUAUUCAACUAUUUUAAAAAGCUAUGGUCGAAAAUUAGGGAAAUCUGCUAUACAUUUGAAACCAGUAAACCAGUGAACAACAAUACUUAAAACAAUUUUCGUUAUGUGUUAUUAAUUUGAUAUCAAGUUUUGAAUAUAUUAUAUUUGUAAUAUUUAUUCACUAAGUAUAGUAAGUUAUAAUUAAAUUGUUAAAUAAUGCUGUUUAAA